GAACUUUGUGUGUCACUCUUGUUGUUAAGAAAGCUCUUCAUAAUUUCCUUUCCCUGUUUAGGAUGGGGAAGCCAGAGUUCUAAAGUACAUAUACAUCAUAGCACAUGGCUUCAUUUUCCUGGGCACAAUUUACGCUGGAUACUGACUUUCAUCCUCUUGUUUGUGCUGGUGUGUGAAAUUGCAGAGGGCAUAGUGUCUGAUGGGGUUUCAGAAUCGCGCCAUUUACACCUGUACAUGCCGGCUGGGAUGGCAUUCUUGGCGGCCAUCACAUCAGUUGUCUAUUACCAUAAUAUUGAAACAUCCAAUUUCCCGAAGUUGUUAAUUGCAUUGCUGUUCUACUGGACUUUAGCUUUCAUAACUAAAACCAUCAAAUUUGUAAAGUUCUGUGAUAAUGGGGUUGGAUUUUCUCAGCUUCGAUUUUGCCUCACAGGACUCCUGGUUGUUCUAUAUGGAAUGCUACUAGCUGUAGAAAUAAAUGUCAUCAGGGUGAGGAGGUAUGUUUUCUUCAAAACUCCUAAAGAAGUUAAACCUCCUGAGGAUCUCCAGGACCUUGGCGUUCGAUUCCUACAGCCGUUUGUGAAUCUAUUAUCCAAAGGAACAUACUGGUGGAUGAAUACAUUUAUCAAGACUGCCCAUAAAAAACCAAUAGAUUUGAAAACUAUAGGCAAGCUUCCCAUUGCUAUGAGAGCUCUGACCAAUUACAUUCGCCUUAAUGAAGCCUUUGAAGCCCAGAAGAACAAAAGGUCGUCAUCUCCACAAGGAUCCAGAUCAAUUUGGCGUGCUCUCUGCUGUGCUUUUGGAAGACCCUUGCUUCUCAGUAGCACAUUCCGUAUCCUGGCUGACUUGCUUGGAUUUGCUGGUCCGCUCUGUAUCUCUGGGAUUGUUCACAAUGUUGGAAAAGGAAAUAACACCAUCCGCCCACAGACUAAAAUUCUUGGUGUUUUCUUUAUUUCAUCUCAAGAGUUCCUGUCCAACGCUUAUGUUUUGGCUGUACUGUUAUUUUUUGCCCUUCUGUUGCAAAGGACGUUUCUCCAAGCAUCGUACUACGUUGCUAUUGAAACGGGAAUCAACUUGAGAGGCGCAAUACAGACAAAGAUAUACAAUAAAAUUAUGCAGCUUUCAACCUCUAACAUGUCUAUGGGGGAGAUGACUGCAGGCCAGAUCUGUAACCUGGUUGCCAUAGACACAAAUCAACUGAUGUGGUUCUUUUUCCUUUGCCCUAACCUUUGGGCUAUGCCAGUACAGAUAAUUGUAGGAGUUCUUCUGCUCUAUUACCUUCUUGGAAUCAGUGCCUUAAUUGGAGCAGCAGUAAUCAUAAUCCUUGCACCUGUUCAGUACUUUGUAGCAACAAAACUCUCACAGGCCCAGAGAAGCACAUUGGAGUACUCCAAUGAGAGACUGAAGAAGACAAAUGAGAUGCUGCGAGGCAUUAAGCUCCUUAAACUCUAUGCUUGGGAACACAUCUUUCACAGCAGCGUAGAGGAAACCAGACAAAAAGAAAUGACUAGCCUCAAGUCUUUUGCCCUUUAUACUUCCAUAUCCAUCUUUAUGAAUGCAGCAAUACCAAUUGCAGCUGUACUUAUAACAUUCGUGGUCCAUGCUCAUCUGACAAGAAAGGCUGACUUCUCCCCAUCUGUGGCAUUUGCCUCUAUCUCCCUGUUUCAUAUUCUUGUGUCUCCGUUGUUCCUGCUCUCCAGCGUGGUUAGAUCCACUGUCAAAGCAUUAGUAAGUGUGCAGAAACUGAGUGAAUUCCUGUCAAGUGAAGAAAUUGGAGAAGAGCAUGAUAAAUCUUCAGAGCUAGGAAGUGCAGAUAAUCACAGCAAAUACCAGGCAGUGCCACUCAAAGUUAUUAACCGCAAGAGGCCUGCCAGGGACGACUGGAACAAUUACAGCUCUCACAUGAGAAGACCCAUCAACAUCACAGAAGCAGAUGAUUUUUGUGUAAAGAUCACAAAUGGAUUUUUCACUUGGACACCUGAAGGUCCUCCAGCAUUGUCCAACAUUGAUAUCCGAAUCCCCCAAGGUCAGCUAACAAUGAUUGUAGGACAGGUUGGGUGCGGUAAGUCAUCUCUCUUGCUAGCCAUACUUGGUGAGAUGCAGAAGAUAUCUGGGAACAUAUUCUGGAGCAGCUGUACUUCUGACAGUGAGACGGGGGAAGAUGCCAGCCCAGAGAAAGAACCUCCUGUUGACACGGAAUUCAGGAAAAGAGGAUCCGUAGCAUAUGCAUCACAGAAGCCUUGGUUACUCAAUGCCACAGUGGAAGAGAAUAUCACAUUUGAAAGCCCUUUUAACAAACAGAGGUACAAAGCAGUAAUUGAUGCUUGUUCCCUCCAGCCUGAUAUUGACAUUCUCCCUCAUGGAGACCAAACCCAGAUUGGAGAGAGG